UGGUGACUUUACCGAAAGAACCAAGAACAUGAAUCCCUGCAGUCACGAAAGCUUUAAAUCGAAAUUUGAAAGUGCUGCCCAUGUUGUAGUUGCCUAAUAAACUGGUGCAUUAUUGUAAACAUGCGACAUAAAAUGUGGGGGCUAGGUAGGUCAUGCAGCGAUUUAAAACGUGAACAAUUGUUUGUCAUUACAGAUACGUCUAUAGUGUCUAUAAUAAGAAUACUCGAGGAAAAACCCCUUUAUUGGAUAGACGCCUCCAAUCGAUCUACAGAAGGCGUCGUCCAUAAGUGGCGGCAAAUUCACCCUGUAAUUCGCAUUUAUCCGCAGAUAAGUCGCCCAGAGAUUAUCUCGUGAAAGUGCUAAAUUCGUAAGAUUGUAUUCAUGUGUUUUGCAGAUAAGAGGUUAUCACCCGAGCUAGUGACAUUUAUUCUAUUGUCAGAGGCUAUCUGUGUGGAAAACCUCAGUAAUGUUCUCAAACGCCAAAAAAUAGCGUCUGCCAAGAGUGUCUCUCACAUGAACGCUGACAGAGGGAGAGUUUCUUUGUAUUUUUUUCUAACAAUGGGUGGCUUUGGCAGCUACGAGGAUAUGUUGUGUUUUCCAAUCAUUCAUGUUAAUUUAAUCUCAUAUUUUAAUUACGAACGCCCACCUCUCCCUCUCGGCAGCUGUAAAAGUAUCGCAUGGGCUGCAAUCCCAGUAUAUUGCAGACACUAAACAAAAGCAAAUAUAACAUUUGUUUAAGGCACACAAAUAUAUAAUGACGUGAAGCUUGAGCUUGUAACCUCAUUUAUCCAGUCUCCAGCACUGAGAUCUGUGGUACAUCGGUUUGAAUUGACUAACUGUCCAUGAGUGAUAUGCCGCAUCAUGACUUUUGUAACACAAUCAAGAGCUCAGGUGAGGAAAAGUUAAUCUCGUUACUUAUAAAUGUGCUUUCGUUCUGUGUAGGAGGUUAUUCAUUCAAUAAAAAGAUGUUUCGUUCAUCUAUAAUAAUUAUCCAGACGUACGAUGGCUAUUAACGUCGUGCAUUUAAAUGCAUUGCAUAUUUAAUGUGGGCCACCAAUGUGUAUGCCAGUAGCUUAAUUCAAUUAAUAAUAUUACUUUUUGGUUUAAAAUGAAUAUUUUAAAAAAAUGUAAUUGCUUUAAAAUCAAUAUACAGUACCCAUGUGGAACACUGAAGCUAAUUUAAUUAGAAAAUUCACAUCAGAUUACAUGAAUCCAUUCCAUCCUCACCUUUUCUCGUUUGUUAACUUGUGACCCUGUCGUUGCAUGCAUGAAUGCCGUUGAAACAUUACAGGGAAUGCCAUGGACAAAACGAAUCCUUUCCGUUUUCAGGAUUCUUUGGUCGAGUGUUGUAGCUUGAAAAAGGUUAUGGAAACGUACGUGCUGCCCACACUCUACGGCAUUGUGUUCGUGGUGGGAAUUUCUCUCAAUUGCACUGCCCUCCUGGCUUACCGAGGCAGGCCCCGUCCCUGGUCCUGCAACACCAUCAUCCUGUUCAACCUGACGCUGUCGGACCUCCUCUACCUGCUCAACCUGCCCAUCUGCAUGUACAACUACAUUGACCAAUCGCCAAUGACCCGGCCUCAAAUCCUCUUUCGCUGCAAGUUCACGACCUUCGCAUUCUACCAAAACCUCUACCUGAGCAUCACCAUCCUGAUGUGGAUGAGCGUGUAUCGCUGCGUCGGGGUCGUGUCGCCGGUGCGUGCUCGACAAAUACUUCGUAGGCGCGUGGUCAUUUUGAGCUGCGUGUUCAUGUGGCUCGCUGUGACCCUGGGAUUGUUCAAGGUGGCGACCCUAGAGCAGACCACGGAUUCAAACGGAACCACACUGUGCCACGAUUUGGUGAGGUCUCUGUAUGAGAACAACGAGUUUGGUUACAGCUGGUGCCUGAUCGUCUUUGCCUUCGUUAUGCCCUACUCGGUCAUCGUGCUGUGCCAGUGUGUCAUUGUAAGGACAAUCCGGCGCAGCCGUGGAACGAUGCAGCCGGCAAGAAGUCGAUCGGCCAGGCUUAUAGCCGCCACCAUCAUCAUGUUCACCAUUUCCUUCCUGCCUCAUCACAUCAUGCGUGUCAUUCGACUUGAAACGCUGUCGUAUUCCCCGCAUCAGUGCCACAUUAGAGAAAUUGUAAACGCGAUUUAUACUGUGUCGAAACCCAUGGCUGCCUUGCACAUGUGUGUAAAUCCAAUAUUGUAUGUCUUCUCUGGAAAGGUGUACUUUACUUUUAAAAGGAAUAGGAUAAUAAGGUUGCGCAUAAUAAGAACAGUGUCCUAAAUUAGUUCCUGCUUGAAAAUCCAGCCGAUUGCGAGCAAUAAAAAAAAAUUACAGGACUGUGCAUCCAGAAAAUGUCUCAUAAAAUGUUAUGACAAUACUCCGUUGAUAGCUUUAAUUCAGAAGUGUAAGUGUUGCAAGUGCCUGUGAGAGACUGUAAAUUAUUUUUUAAAGAAUUGUUUCAGAGCUGCCAGUGACCACAUGACCAGGGGUGCGUGUCCACUUUCACCAAAUCUUAGAAGAAAAGCGGGGUUGAGCCUUUGAUAGCGAUCAGGUGAUAACGAAGCAUAAUAGGCCGUAGGGCAACAUUUGGCAGCAGAGGGCACUGCAGCAUAUUAGCUCCCACGUCAAUGCUGUCCACCUUCACCAAACCACCAUUGACCACUGCGAAUGAAGUGUUCUCAAAUAACCCCCGGUGACCUCCACGGCAUGGGGAGGGCCUGAGUCCAGCAGUGGAUUCGCAAAGUGGCCGCACGUCUGGAAAGUACCCACAUGCCGAAUUUAAAGUUUGUUGCAUGUCGGGGAAAUAUGCUAAACAUUUUGAACAGACACAUUCGCAAAUUUGCCUUUUUAUAUAUAUAGAUUACAAACUUUCUGACUUUGUAAAGCAAGGCAAGAUUCAUGGGGACCCCAUGAAAGAUUUAAGAAAUUAUUUUGAGUUAUUUUGCCGUAACUAUUUUCCAAGUGCAUGAGUGGGAAAAUCCAAUAAAAUAAGUUUUAUGCAUCAGAACUAAAUAUUUACAAUCUCAAAGUAAAUGAUGUACACACUUUGUCUCGUGUAAUUCAUGAGUCAAUGCAAGAAUACUUUGUUUUCUUUUCUAUAAUGUGUAAAAUAAAAUACAAGUCCGUUAAAUUAGAAAGUUCAGCUUCAUUUUGUACUGUACAUAUUAUUAAGAUACCGUUAUAUUCUUAAACUUUAAAUGUUUAUAUAAAUGAAAUGCAAAUAAUGUAAACAGUUACUGGCUUUGUUAUAUAUUUAUUUUCCUAAACCUUUUGUAAUUGUACAAAAUUACAUUCGUUGCGACUAAGUUUAAGCAUGACGUGCACAUGUAAUUGUAAAAAAAAAUUUGUAGAAUAAAAAUUGAGCUGACUUUCCACGAAUGGUUCUGGAACAAACACAAAGCACUGUGUGCAUCUGUUUUGUGUGUCCCUAAAUCUACCACCAAACGCUGUGUCAUCAAAUGCUCUGUUUGGCACAAUAACACUUGAAACUGCUGGUAAAUCCACAGUGCAGUGGAUGGUGGUUUGAAAUGCACAUUUAUCAUUAUUUUCUUUUGCUGCAGCACAAUCCACCGGCGCGAUUCGGUGCUUGAGUUAUUUCAACCAUUAAACUCAAAUGAGAACAGUCGCGUUCUUAUAGAAAUCAGCCGCGUGUUCCUUAGCAGAGUCACUCUCCAAUUGCCUUGCUCCAGACACCCUUGUCUUCAACAGGUGGAGCAAGUGAAGUCUGUUGUACCAACUCACUUUUAAAAGCACGAGCCUCUUUUGCUGGCAACAUGGCCCAGCCUCCAACGUACAGCCUGGUUUACCCAACCGCAAACCAUCCUGACCAAAAUAUGCCCAGCAAUGCUAAUAAUCAAAGUCAGCCUUCUGCCACGACAAGUGCCCCUUAUCUACCAGGAACCGAAAUGCUCUACCUUUCCAAAACCACAUUUUAUCAAUCAGCCUCAAGUGCCAUGUCCUUCCCAGUGAGACGUUCGGAUUAUUCUGUGGCACCAAACAGCCCAGUGUACACAGGCACAGCGUACCCUGCGAGCUCCAGCCAGCCUUGCCAUCAUCUCUCUGGGGGCACUGCUUUGGCUGAAGAUCCCUCCAUAAAAUAUAUCCAUUCACCGGGAGCGAGUGGCUUCGCUGCUGGUCCUAGUCAUUUAGGGUUCAUCGGGCCAGACGGAAUGGUAGCUCCACCAUGUGGCCACGUUUAUCCACCGCCUACUGGUAAGGUUUUCCCUCAACACUCUGCGAUGUAUCCUCCGCCAAAAUCUGCUCCACUGAUGGCGCAAGUGCCAAACUAUUUCCCAGACCAGGCAGCCUGGGCGUUCCAUGCUCAGCAUCAACAACCACCUACAGAGCCACCAUGUCCACAUUCGAAAAUGCCACAAGCACCAAGUGCCCCGUUUCACCCGACAUCUAAAAACAACAGCGGAGUUUCAGGGAAACAUUCAGCUGUGAGUGGAAAAAAACCUCAUCCACGAACAACCUCAAAACAAAGCCCCGUGCGAGGCAGUUCGACCAAAGCCCUGCUUUCCCCCAUGAGUCCAUCAGCCACGGCAGUGCUGCAGUAUGGAGGCAGGGCUCUGUGUAUGGCGGCAACCGGAUUCCGGCUCAUUGGCAAGGCCAAGAAGUAUUUCUCAACAACGGAGGCAGAGCACGAAGCGGAGGAGAUGGCAGGACAGCAGGUGGCCGCGGAAUCUUGGGAGCUGUCGGAGGACUGAUCUCUGUAAAAGCAAGUGAGCCGAGUUUGAGCUUGGUCCAGCUUGAAUAUACGCUUGAGUACUGCAGUUUGAGCUAAUGACACACGUGACGGAAAGCACGUCUCUCUAAACUGGAUGCAAAGCUAGCCACUGGAAUUGUUGCACAAUCGUUCUCGUAUAAAGGUCUCGGAUUAAGAGAAUCUGAGUUUGCAGUACAUUUUAAGACAGGUUCAGUUUUCAUGUAACAUUUGAAGUCGGGUUUCCCCGAAAAUGUGAUAUUUCAGAAUCAGAAAAAUGAUGCGGCAUUAAAUGUAAGACUUUAAUAUGAAUUUGAUUCUAAUGCGGUACAGUACUUUAAAUGGAUACAAAUUUUGAACUUUAAAUUAUAUGUAUUCAUAUUUGCAAGUCUUAAUGACAUUUCAAAUUGCCUUUUUAAAGUAUUUUUUUCCUGCUGCUCUAUACAAAUACUGUAGAUUCAGUCCGCUCAAGGAAUUGUGUAGUUAUAAUAGUUUUAAGUAUCAUCCAAACACAGCAUGAAAGUGAUCAUGUUAAAUCGAUAAUCUCACUAAAUCUCUGAACUAAGCAGCAUUAUCUGGCAUAUCCAAGCAAAGCUUGUUAUAUAUAUAAGAACAGACUGGUACAGCAUGCACGUCAUUUUACUAGGUAUUUAUUUUCAUAAUGAAAAAUUGGUUUUCAUACAUUUCAUAACAUCUGGUGUAAAUAUUGUACACGUUAGCAAAAACGGAAUCUAUUAUGACACAACACGCUGUGUAUUAUUGUACUGUCUUGCCGUGACAACAGGUAAGGCAUCACAAUCUGCAAACAAAUGUAUACUUUAUCCUCCCUAAGUGUGGCCAGUAGUGAUAAGUGAGGACCCACUUCAUAAUUACUUUUUAACUGGUUAAAACAUUAUAUUACCCAUCAAAUACUAUACUGUGCAUCGGUCAUACUGUUUGGAUGAAUUGUACAUUUAAUGACAUUUAUGGUGCCUUAUCUCUCCAGAUUUGCCACUGUUGUGGAGUGUAGUUAGAUCUGAAUGCUAGAGUAACUCAUUUGAGUUUAAUGGUUGAAAUAACUCGCAAGAUGCACUUAUUACAGUAUUGAAAUAUACGUUAAAAAUAUAUACGUAUAUAUAGCACAAAUUACUUAAUCUCCAAUACCUGCGUAUAUGCAGUAUAUAUGGCUCCACGUACUCAGCUAAAUUUUGAUCAAAGAGGUUAAACUGAUUUAAAGUAUAACUAAUUUUACACUCGCACAUAAACAACUAUUACAGUGUGGUACUGCAUUGUAAUCUUUAUUAUGAAGGCAUUGUUCUAGUCCACUGUUGGACAUAGUUAAUGAUAAAUACUAAUGAGUGGUAUUCUUUACUUCAGUAGAAUGUUAAAGAAAGAUGGGUCGAACUUUACAAAACCUUGAAUUCACAAAAUAAGGUAGAAACAUUGUGACAUGUUGCUAUUAUAAAUUUUAGCAUUAUAACUACGAAUUAACUUCCAAUGAUAUUUUAAUAUGGUCAACGAUGAAAAUGAAUAAGGUAUGUUCAUCCUGAAGGAAGGGGGAAAAAUGCAAAUGGUCUUGGUUGGUUUUAUGGAUAUAUGACAUACAGCAUUUU